AGCCCCAGCGGAGCGCUGCCCCGGGCCGCAGGAUAUCCGGCGGCUGCCCUGGGAGCCGUGGUGGUGGCGGCCUGAGGCGAUGUCCUGCGGCGGGUGAGGGAUGGGAGAGCGCCCGGGGUGUUUGCUCCGAAACGUCCCGCGGGUCUCAGUAAAGCAAAUAUGUUUCACCUCGUGCAACAAUGCUGCUUCCGCACACCCUUCAGACUCCAGAAGAUAACCGGCCCCAGACUACUACUGCAUGGAAAGAAUAAGACAACUUGCUCUUCUCCUAGCCUCUGUCUGCAGAGAGAUGCUUGUCUUCUCUCCAGAUGUCCAAGCCUCAACAGAGCAUCUGUGUAUGCAGUCAAGCUCCAGGCUUUUCACACCUCUCUUCCUCUCUUAAAGAAAAAGCCCCCCCAAGAAUCUGAGACCAAAGACUUGGGCCUGUUUCGACAAAGUAUGAAAGCACUGAAGGAUUCUCCAAAGCCAGCCCUUUACUUAAGCCUGGCGGGGCUGAUUCCGUUUGUUUCUGUGCCGCUGUCAAUGGUCGUCCAAGGGACCUACUACCCAGAGCUGGCGUUCGCUCAGGUUACCUACGGUGCUGUGAUUGUCUCUUUCCUAGGAGGAAUGAGGUGGGGGUUUGCUGUCCCGGAAGACAGCCCAGCCAAGCCAGACUGGAUGAACCUGGCUAACAGUAUGGUUCCUCCUCUAAUUGCCUGGCAAGCCUUGCUUUUUAAAGAUAUCACUGAUGGUGCAAUAAUGCUGGUAAUGGGCUUAGGGAUAGCACUACAUUAUGACCUUUCCCUUCUUCCUACUUAUCCUAUUUGGUUUAAAGGAUUGAGAAUAGUGGCAACAGUGGUGGCGGCGUUAUCACUGUUAGCUACUGUAGCAAUGAAAGCUUACUCAGAGAAGAACCUAAUUAUCAGCAGAAAUAAAUGGCAGGACCCAAAACAAUAAAGCAAGAGGAAAAAGCUCUUUAUCUGCUAAUAAGGUAUUUGUACUGAGGUCCAGGGAAAAUAAAGACUUAUGCUUAGAUGCCAUAAAAUGGCAUUAAUCGAGAUGCUUAUUUUGAAGCAAGUUAAGUUCAUAGCAAAUUUAGGAAGGAAGGAUUGCAAAUACUGAUCGCUUCCAAGGCAGGCAUGAAUCUGCUAUUGCCUGUAGAACAAAGCAUCACUCUUGAAUGAGGUAAGAUGUCACUGUCAUAUGAAUUUAAUAUGGAGAUUCAUGUAAUACAGGUAUGAACUGCUCUAUUCUGAAUGAUUAAAGUAUCUGGUUUAACUA